GCUCGCCAAGAUGAAAAGGAACAAAACCUCAGUCGACUGUGUUUCUUCGCCCAGUGAAACUUCGGGCUACGAGUGUUGUCUGCUGUUUGUUCGAACCGCACGUGGAAGAACAAGACAAAGCAGGAAGAAGAACGUGACACUCUGUAUUUAUUGCUCAGCCCAGACCUACAUCCGGUCCCUGUCUACCCCACUACGCCUUCUGGGAAGAGGAUUCACACAUUUUACCUUGGCCGAAGUCCCGAACCAGCCGAUGAAGCCGUUCUCGCGGCAGAAGGCGUCCAGUUUGGGUUGCUGGCACGUCGCCUGGUCUGCUUUGUUGGCUAAGAGGACGGCCGGAACGGGCCUGCCGUGGUUCAGCGUCACCUUCGCACAAACACAAGGCAACAAUAUAUAACACUGAAGACGGAUGACGAUGUUGUGGCCCCACUGAAGCACCUUAAGGGCGAAGUCCACCCCGAUGGUGGCUCGGUAAUGCUGCGAAAAGAUGUGGUGGACGUACCGCUUAAUGAUGGACGUCUUGCCCACCCCCAAGUCGCCGAUGACCAACACUUUGAACAGGAGCUCCCGCUGCAUGGCUCCAACAAGAAGUCUCACUCCCACGCGACUCUUCUGGGAGCUGCCGGUGCGUUCAGGUGUUCCGCUGAAAGCGUGGGAUUUCCGGGAGAUGGCUUGCUGAAACAGGGAAAAAACGCACAGCGAAUGUUAUUCCUCUUUCCGGCAUCAUAUCGUCGACAUGGGGCUGGCUUUUGACACAUAUUGAGCCAUCAAUUUAAAAGAUCUGACAUGGACACAAUAUGGCUUUAUCAGUUUCGUCUCAUCGUCAUUGGAGACUCCACAGUGGGCAAGUCGUGUUUGAUCCGCAGGUUCACCGAGGGCCACUUCGCCCACGUGUCGGACCCCACUGUGGGGGUGGACUUCUUCUCCCGCCUGCUGGAGAUCGAGCCGGGCAAAAGGAUCAAACUCCAGAUCUGGGACACUGCGGGGCAGGAGCGGUUCAGGUCCAUCACCAGGGCGUACUACCGCAACUCGGUGGGGGGGCUCUUGCUCUUCGACAUCACCAACCGCCGCUCCUUCCAGAACGUGCACAACUGGCUGGAGGAGGCUCGAAGUCACGUCCAGCCGCAUGGCAUCGUUUUCCUGCUGGUGGGCCACAAGUGUGACCUGGAGGCUCAGCGCCAGGUGAGCCGGCAGGAGGCCGAAAAGCUGGCGGGGGCCUACGGCAUGCACUACGUGGAGACGUCGGCCCGGGACGCCAUCAACGUAGAGAAGGCGUUCAUGGAUCUGACCAGGGAGAUCUUUGAGCUGGUGCGGAGCGGCGAUAUCAAGAUCCAGGACGGCUGGGAGGGCGUCAAGAGUGGAUUCGUCCCCAACAUCGUCCAUUCGUCGGAGGAAGUGACCAAGGGCGGACGGCAAUGCCUCUGCUGAACUGUACGUCAUUUCUUUGGACUCGGGAGAGCCGAAAGUAGUCGUAUGACCCCCCCCCCCCCC